CGAUUCCUAAUGAAUUUUUGACGCUCUCCCAACAAAUUCAAGAUGCUGGAGGCCCUUCUGGGCUUAUAAGUGUACUGGAGUCGUUGAAAAGCAAGAAUCAAAACUGCUCCAGUAUUCUUGAAGAAGCCAAAAGCUUGUUAUCGGAGACGCGCAGAAAAAAUGAAGAAAUGCGACAGAAGUACGGCAGCCAAUGGCCAUUAUCCGUGCAUGAGGGCCAAAAUUUGCUCGCAGAAGCAGAAAACUAUGCAGAAAAAUUGAGCUUUGCAGCUAAAGCCGAUGAUUCGUUGAAACAAGAAUGUGAAAAGUUUUAUGAAUAUUUGAAUACUUUAAGCAACCCAGAGAAAAUCUUACAACUUUUAAGCGCUGAAAGAGAGGCACCUCGCUUUAGUUCUGGUGUAUAUACGGAAAGAAUCAAAGAAUUGUACAAUAAACUUCUCGAUUCUCUCGCUGUACUUUUUACGUUUUUUUUAUUUUACACGUUUUUAAUUAUUUCAACCCUUGCUGGUUAA